AUGGUGGGUGUCGCAGGGAAGUCUCGAGCGUGUCAUGACUGCAAGCGACGAAGAGUCAAGUGCGACUUCCAGAAACCUUCAUGUAUGAGGUGCGAAAAGGCUGGCCGAGCUUGUCCAGGCUACGACAGAGCUUCCAUCUUUGUCAAUCGCACAUUGUCCGAAUUCACCACCACAGCACGAGUAGCGAUAGCAGAAGCGAUAUCGCUCCAGGUUCAAAUUUCUAUGAAACAUUCCUCGAGAUUGUUGCAGACCUUUGAACAACUGCAGGCGAACAUAACAGUCCCCCAAGCUCCUUUCCCAGGCACAUUUCGCCUCGGCGCUUGGGACAUACUUCGAGAACUGUACCUCCCACGUACGCGUUCCACAGACGAAUGUGAGGUCACAGCUACCUCAUGCUACUCAUGGGUCCACGCUGUCUGCCACAUGGUACCUAAAAGCAAUGUUUUGAAUCAAGCAUUGCUGGCAUUCUGCGCAAUUCAAGUCUAUCUUGCAGAGCCAUGGAGCAUUUCUGAAGAGCGAGCACAGAGUCUAUAUGGUGAAGCUGUUAAGAAGUUGAUCGAAAGUCUCGAAGAAUCUGAUGUGGAAAGAAGAGACGACACCCUAGCAGCGAUAGUUGUUCUGUCAACUUGCGAGGUAAAGCAGCUUUGGCGGACGUCCACUAUGCACCAAUCAUGCUGA